GACGACGUUCGGUUAGGUCAUGUCGUCGAGUCCUGAUGGGUCUUACUGCAAGUGAUAUAAAAAACACUUGGUGAAAGCGUCUGGAUACUAUGCUCUAUCCACCAGCUAGCGAUGUUAAUUUCAGAACGUAGCUAAAGUCACACAUCUCCUGAUCACAUACCCAAGCUCCAAAGCUUUUCAGAAUGGCUGCCGAAAGUAUUCCAGAGUCUAUGUACAUGCUCAAUUCCGGGUCGUCCCAGGUAGAGCACGACCGGUUGAACGUGCAACAUCAUCUGUUCAACGAUAUCAUGCAAGGCCACUUGCUCCCUCCGCAUAUUAUAUCCGCACUCGAUGCACAGCCUACCCCCCCUAAGAUCCUGGAAAUGGCCACGGGCUCGGCGAUAUGGCUGACCGAGGUCGCUAAGACUCUUCCUGCCGAAGCCGAGCUCGUCGGCUUGGACUAUGACACGUCAAGGUUUCCGCCUCCAUCCUCGCUACCCCCCAAUAUCAAGCUCGGAAAAGGGGAUAUGUACGAGCCGUUCUCUAGUGACCUCCUAGGGAAUUUUGACGUCGUACAUGUACGGAUGAUACUGUUUGGCGUGAAAGAGGGGCGGGGACCUGAGGUAGCGAGAAAUUUGUUGACCCUUCUGAAGCCGGGUGGUUAUCUGGUAUGGGUCGAGACUGGGCCGGUUCUUCUUCACGGACUCGUAACAACAAUCGAGCCACCUAGUCUAGCAUGGUUCAAGUUUCAACAAGCAAGUUGGCGUUUUGCAAAGAAGGUGGGGAGCGACCUAAAUCUGCCUAACGCUACAUUAUCCUAUAUCAAGGAGGUCGGGUGCAUAGAGUGUGAUGACAAAGCAUACCCCGGCAGCGCGGUCCUGUAUACAGAUAAAGGAAAAGACUGGAUCGCACAAACUAACAGCAAUUUUACGGCAUUCUUCGAGCCAACAUUGCGUGGAAUCGUCAGUCUAGGUGGGGUCGAGGGUUUGACUACAGACGCCGACGUGGACGAAGUAAUUGCAUUAGCUGAUCAGGAAUUCGGCAAUCGCAAAAUUCAUUAUAUGCUCCUAAGGGCCUGGGGGAAGAAGCCAGCAACAUCAUGA